AGACGGCGUUCGUUGCCUCUUUUUCGUUCAAGUCAAAAAUGUCUUUGCGAACUUUACCGAUCCUUUUCCUCAAUCUUGGGGGAGAGAUGCUUUAUAUCCUUGAUCAAAGACUUCGCGCUCAAUCAAUCCCAGAUGAAAAAGCUAAGAAAGUAAUGCAUGACAUUGUUGGGACGAUGUUUAACAAAAGGUUUGUAGAAGAGUUAUUCAAGCCUCAGGACACGUACUCCAAGAAAGCCAUGCGUACUGUGUUUGACCGGCUUGCUCAUGCCUCUAUUAUGAGACUAAACACUGCAAGCAUGGAUAAGUUGUAUGAUCUGAUGACCAUGGCAUUCAAAUAUCAGGUGUCGCUGUGUUUACGCCCAUCAGAUGUCUUGCUAGUUACUUACAACCAUAUGGAUGCCAUAAGGAGCUUUGUGUCUGACAAUGCCAACAUCAGUGCACAAGUAGAAAAUGUUUAUAAACAUCUUUAUGAGACGUAUGCAGAUUUAAGCCUCGGACAAUUUCAAAUUGUCCGUCAAACGCUACUGGCAUUUUUCCAAGAUAUGCAYAUCAGGGUUUCAAUAUUUUUGAAAGAUAAAGUUCAGAAUUCWAAUGGGAAAUUUGUCAUAUCUCUCGAUGGACCUGUUCCGUGGGAAACAGAGGUACCUGGAGCUAUAAGAUAUUUUGGUGCUGAUGAAAAAAUUGAAAAAACCACUCAUUUCUCAAGUGGCUGCCAACAUUACUUGACUGACAAACCUGGUUCAUUUGAGUUGCUAGGCGACCGAGUCAUCAAAUUAGGAACAAACAUGUAUAUUGCAACAAGACCUAUUGAAACAUCAAGUUCAAGUGUACAGAGUGUCAAAAAAGACACGAUGGGAAGYGUUUGCACAUCUGACCAAACUGAYGAAGAUCAAGAAAAUACAAAUCUUCUGGCAAAAGAAGAACUCAAUUUAUUGGCUCGACUUGUUGGUGGCAGUCAAUCUACUGCUAAAGCACAACCAUUCCGGCUAAAUCUCUUCAACACAGACGAGGAAGARCAACAAGCUCAAGCCAGUUCAUCAAGUCAAGAAGACUCACAUCGUGUAAUUAAAAUAGAUGCUACUAAGAAACAACAAAGACAAGAACUCUCUAAUUUGAUGGACGAGUUUUCCAUACAAGAUUCUCAAGACCGAGACAAAGGAGAUGAAUUGCUGGACUUAAUGGACCAGGCCUAAUCACGAUUAUAGUCAAAUAUGUUAA